AUGGCUCCCUACGAGGCUCUUUAUGGCAGGAAAUGUCGUAGUCCUACUUUCUGGAGCGACAUAAGUGAUUCGUUGGUGUUGGGACCCCAUCUUAUCCAAUCUACUGUAGAUAAGGUCAAAGUUAUUCAAGCAAAGAUGAAGGCUGCCCAGGAUCGACAAAAGUCUUAUGCCGAUUUGAGUAGGAGACCUAUUACUUAUGAUGUUGGGGAUAAGGUGUUUUUGAAGGUGUCCCCAAUGAAGAGAGUAAUGAGAUUUGGUGUGAAGGGCAAGCUCAACCCUAAGUAUGUGGGUCCUUAUGAGGUGCUUGAGAGGAUUGGUGAAGUGGCUUAUAAGUUGGCUUUGCCAGUCGAGCUAUCUAAGGUUCACAAUGUGUUCCAUGUCUCUCAGUUACGGCGUUAUCGAUGUGACCCUUCGCAUGUUAUAGCCGUAGAGUUGGUAGAGGUCAACCCUAAUUUGAGUUUUAAGGAGACGCCAGUUAAAAUCGUUGAUCGUCAACUAAUCUAUAGUAGAUUAGUUUUAGAUUUAGUUGUCGUUUUCAUUAUGUUGGAUCUUCGGAAAACGAUAGAGAUUGACCAUUCUUAG